AUCUAUACAAACCAAACUCGCGCUCCAGACCACAGCUCACCCUCACCUGCGACCUGCGCGCAUUCACAGCCGCCGGCGCCACACGUGCCCGCGCGCCGGGCGCCACCUCUCUCCCAUCCACCAGCCUUCCUCUCCCGGGCCAGGCGGCGCCCCUCAAUGGCCGCCACCUUCACCGUCGCCGCCCGCCUCCCGCUGCGGGGCCCCGCGCGCGCUCCGUCCCGGCCGGCCGUCGCUGCUGUAACCCGGCUUCGAAGCCGGCAGGAGCGGCGCGGCCUAGCAGCGACAGGCGGGAGGGGACCUGCCCGGGUUCGGGCCGAGACUUUCUCCGGUGGUGGAGGCGUGGGGCGGAGGGACCCCAUGGCGCCGCCUUACAAUGUCCUCAUCACCGGCUCUACGAAAGGUAUAGGAUAUGCAUUGGCAAGGAAAUUUCUGGAGGCUGGUGAUAACGUUAUAAUCUGCUCGAGAUCAGCUCAAAAGGUAGAAUCUGUGGUCGGUGACUUGAAGGAGGAGUACGGAGAGCAACAUGUGUGGGGAACUGUCUGUGAUGUUAGAAAUGGAAAGGAUGUAAAGGCACUUGUGGAGUUUGCACGUGACAAACUUAAGCAUAUUGAUAUAUGGAUCAACAAUGCUGGAUCAAAUGCAUAUACAUACAAACCACUAGUGGAGACCUCUGAUGAGGCUCUCAUGGAAAUCAUCACCACUAACACCCUUGGAUUGAUGAUAUGUUGUCGUGAGGCAAUAAAUAUGAUGAGGAACCAACCUCGAGGUGGUCACAUAUUCAACCUUGAUGGUGCUGGUUCUGAUGGAAGGCCAACUCCAAGAUUUGCUGCAUAUGGUGCAACAAAGAGAAGUGUUGUGCAUCUUACGAAGUCACUUCAGGCUGAAUUGCAGAUGAAUGAAGUGAAUAAUGUGAUGGUGCACAAUCUAUCGCCUGGCAUGGUCACAACAGAUCUUCUUAUGUCUGGUGCAACUACAAAACAAGCAAAAAUUUUCAUCAAUAUAUUAGCUGAACCUCCUGAUGUGGUUGCAGACUACCUUGUUCCAAACGUCAGAGAAAUCCCUACCAAGCAAUCCAUGAAGCCAACCUACAUUCGUUUCCUCACAGGCUUGAAGGCCUACUCAAGAAUUUUUUCUAGACUUGCUUUUGGUGCUAGGAGAAACAAGUAUGUUACUGAAGAUUAGUUAUGCUGCCAGCUUCCAACUGAAGAGAUUAGGAACAAUUCUUUUCAUUAAGCGUCACUUACUUUUCUCAUAAGAUGGGAUGUAUUACAGAUGUCAUCUCAUGAGAACAGUGAUAUACUCUUCUGUACAGUAGUAGCAAUUUUUUUAGUAAA